UGCGACUCCCAUCCACUUUAAAUCUUUAAUCACCUGUCUGUUUGCUCUCCUCUUCAGCUCUGCUCCUUCCUUGCUCUUACAGUUAUAAAAAAGGCAAAGGCAGAGCCAGGCAAGGCAAGGCAAGGCCCUCUCGCUCUUGACAAUUAAUCACAAGCACAACUAGGCAGGCAGGCAGAUGCUGAUGGGGUUCCCCGUCGGGUACUCGGAGGUGCCCAAGCUGCUCCUCCACCUCCUCCUCCUGCUCGGCCACCUGCGCCGCCUCUCCUCCUGCCUGCUCCGCCUCGCCGGCCUCCACGCCGACCGCCGCCACUACUACUACUACUGCCACGACGACGCCGCCGCGGCAGAGCGCCUCGAUGAGCACUCCCCGGCGGUGCGCUUCGACUCGCUGCCGCCGCCCGCGCUGCCGGCGGACGACGGCUGCUGCGUGUGCCUGGGCGACUUCCACGCCGCCGCCGAGGUGCGCCGCGCGCGGGGGUGCCGCCACGUCUUCCACCGCGCCUGCCUCGACCGCUGGGCCGCGCACGGCCACCGCACCUGCCCGCUCUGCCGGACGCCCAUCCUGCCGCCGCUGCUCCUGCCGUCCUAGUACUCUGCUCUGCUUCUUUACGUUCUCCACCAAGAUGCAUGCAUCAAGGGCGGCAGGGCGGAACAAAGUGACAAAAGGUAGUAGAUGCUGCCUGGUACAUAGCUACACAAGUUUAAUUAUUUAGGUUAGGCAAGUAAAUACAAGACAAGUAUCUCCGCUCAUUGUUCUUGUGUCAUUAAGUUCUUUUUCUCUCUUUUGGCCGGGGAUCUGGAGAUUAUAUUAGGACGGCCCCUGUUUGUUAACGAUUUUGUGUUUUUACUCUUACUUACUGUUGAGGAAUAUAUAUAGAGAACAUGGUGGAUGAUGAUUCAACUAAAUUUGUACUACCUAUAUAUAUGUAUGUUGCAGUGUGCACAUUCUAAUU